AUGCCUGACAGUCAAGGGAGAGACAGCGAGAGCCACAUCAGCAGCAAUAGUUCCUGCACCAGCAAUUCAGUUGCUUGCUUUGGACAGUAUCAAUACACAGCAAGUGAGUAUCAAGCUGUCCAGCAUGCUCUUCGUCAGAGACUGGGUCCAGAAUAUAUCAGCAGUCGGCAGGCUGGAGGAGGACAAAAGGUCUGUUACAUUGAGGGUCACAGGGUCAUCAGCCUGGCCAACGAGAUGUUUGGCUUCAACGGCUGGGCUCAUUCCGUCACGCAGCAGAACGUUGAUUUUGUUGAUCUCAACAAUGGCAGAUUCUAUGUGGGGGUCUGCGCAUUUGUGAAAGUUCAGCUUAAGGAUGGGUCGUACCAUGAAGACGUGGGGUAUGGAGUCAGCGAAGGCCUGAAGUCUAAGGCCUUGUCCCUGGAAAAGGCAAGAAAGGAGGCGGUAACCGAUGGGCUGAAGAGGGCACUCAAGUGCUUUGGGAAUGCUCUUGGGAACUGCAUCCUAGACAAAGACUACCUGCGAGCCGUGAAUAAGCUUCCACGUCAGAUCCCUCCGGAGUUCGAUUUGGUCAAGGCCAAAAGACAGGACUACGAGCCUGAAAUAGAGACGGCGCGGUACAAC